CUCCUAUGGAAGGAUAGGAGGAAGGAGAGGAGAGGAGAGGAGGUUGCUUUCUGCUGUUGCUGGGUGGGCAGCAUCGCGAGCGAGGGGAAGGAAGGAAAGGCAGCUUUGACCGGAGUGGAGUGACCCCAACAACCCUUCUCCUCUCCUCUUAUUGCCACCACUCCACGUCUCCGCCAAACUGACAGAGGUGGAGGCAGGCAGAGGGAGAUCUGCGAGAGAGAGUAGUGAUGAUGGAGAGCCAGCCGCUGCAGGAACCGACGGCCACGGCUCCGGCUUCAGGAGCAGAACCAGCCGGAGCUCCGCCCGCCGUCGUCCCCGGCAAGGAGUUCACCCGCACCUGCAAGGGCCUGGUCGUCGUACUCAUCGGAGGAUACGUGCUGCUCCAGCUCCUCCCUUCCUCCCUCAACUACCUCGCCAUCAUCCCCUCAAAGACAAUCCCAUAUGUAUGGACCGUCUUCACGGCUGGUUACAUCGAGCAAGUCCUUCCAGGGGCUAUUGGCAGUUCUCUUGGUCUUCUCUUCUGCGGGAAGGACAUUGAACCAGUAUGGGGCCGCAAGGAGUUCUUGAAGUUCAUUAUUUUGGUCAACUCCAUAUGCGGUGUCCUCGCAUUCUGCAUUGCUAUUGCACUGUACUAUGUCACUGGAAAGGAGAGCUUCCUUAUCACACCACUUUCUGGCUUCCAUGGUUGCCUUGCUGGUUUUCUUGUGGCCCUGAAGCAACUCUUACCAAACCUUGAGCUCCCCAUGUGCUUUUUCUGGAAAAUAAAGGCAAAGUGGAUGCCAUUCUUUGUCGUAUGUUUCUCAACUAUCAUGGCCUUCAUCGUUCCUGAUUCCAUCAACUUCCUUCCAACUUUGGUGUCCGGGAUGUAUGUUAGCUGGCUGUACCUGAGAUACUUCCAAAGGAACCCACUGACAGGACUGAAGGGUGACGCAAGCGAUGACUUCUCUUUCCCCAGUUUGUUCCCAGAUGCCUUCCGACCAGUCACAGACCCUGUCGCCAACCUGUUUGAUCGGAUGCUGUGUGCAAGGUCUAGGCCUUCUGAACUGGCCCUCCCAGUCGUAGAUCCCACCAAGGCAUCAAGAAGAAGGGAGCGUGGCGAGAGGGUUCUUGAGGAAAAGUUGGCAGCUGAUCAUGCGGCUGACACAGAAGCCCCAGCUCAGAGCCAUGACACCGCAGAAGAUUGAGAACUUUCUCCUGCUCAGCAUCUUUAUAGGAGCCACGGCUUCCCUCCACAGUUGUAACUCUGCAGAUCUGUGUUCUGGAGAGUGCAUUCAGUUUACGGCGAACCAAUAAUAUGAUGGCUUACUCUCUUACUUUUUCUCCUUUUUGUUUCUUCGUUUGCGAAGAUUUAUUGGUUAAAUUCUGUCAUAGUCCGAUUAUUAUUACAGUGAAAGAAGAAAAGGGUGGCAUUCCCAGCCAGAUGUAAUGUAGAAAGAAGAAUGGUUUGUCACUAUCAUUGUUGAGAUGAUUUUGUUUUUCUAGUGAACGUGAUUUGAGUCGAUAA